AUGGAUAAACAUGCUAAGAAGAGGUAUGAUACAUUCAUUGUUAAAUUUUCUCUAUUACUUGAGCAUGGUGUUUACCUCGAUGAUGUAGUAGGCAGUGUGGAUUGUCCUGAAAUGCUUCGUGCUCAGAAAUGGGAUCCUCUAUUUGAUGUGCAUAUGGAAGAUAAAAUAUAUGUUGAUCUGAUUAAGGUUUUUUAUGCAAAUAUUCAUGAGUACAAGGAGAAUGAACUGACAUUUAAGUCAUUGGUUAGGAAAAAAUCCAUCACUAUUUCGCCUGAUUUUAUUUCAAAUAUAUUAAAAAUUGAUAGACCAGACAUACAUGAGAAUUUCAUUGUCUUUCCAUAUUCAAGCAAGGAGCAAUAUCUUGAAAUGGCGACGGUUAUUCUAGGUAUUUGUAUUGGGAGUGUCCCUAGGGAGAAUGAGAAAAGCAAAAUUGCUCACAUUGACCUUACACCAACGUUUAGGAUGUUAAACUGCAUUGUUGCUUGUGAUAUACAUCCGAGGGGACAUACUGCUGAGAUUGUAUACGAUAUAACCCAACUGUUAUAUGUUAUUGGUGAACGUGGUGUUUAUAUUGAUCUACCCCUCUACAUAUUCAACCAUGUUCUAAAAGCAUCUAAGCAUGAUAGUUUUAUGUACCCCAUGAAUGCAAUGGGAAUGGGUACACUAAAUAAAAAUGUGGGAGUUAUUUUGGGUGCAAAACAGGAUAAACGUGUGAAGCAGCCAUCAGCAGUGUCAAAUUGUGGGUAG